ACCUAAAUCACAUACCAGGAAACAAACACAGCUAAAGUCAAUAUUAGCUGUUGUAUCUGCUACAGCUUUGCACCAGGCUUAGUAGGAAAACCUCUGACAGCAGCAAGAGCAAGUCCAGGAUGGCUUCUGAAACCUGAAAGUCAUGUCUGUUUUAUCUGGAAUAAUUGCAGGAGUGCAUUAGCUACAGCUGGUCUUUUGUAUUAAUGGCUUAUAGAAUACAUGAAGAUUGUUUUGCCUUUCUUUCCCCCAACUGGAAAUUCAGCAGACUGUGUUCCUUUAUAGGGAAGAAAGCUGAUGGUAAAUUACCAUUGUUAAUGGUUGAUCGAUGGUGAAGAAACUUGCUUGAGGCUGUUUCUCUUCAGCAGGUAUUUAGUUUCUUUGAGGCAGCUUUACAAGAGGAUUUGUAGCUAAGAAAAUGUGUGGGGGUACACCAAAAACUGCAAAUGGCACUGGGGGACAAAUAGAAAGAACAAGAAGCAACAAUGAUGUACCACUUGGAAAUAAUCUCUCUUGUACCAAAUUGGAUGAAAGAAUUAGAAAGUCUUUGAGAGACGGAAGUGUCAGCUGUGCCAACAAAGUGACUAGACUGCUACAAAAAAGCUGGUCCUCUUCAGAGUUGGACUUGAAUGAAAUCCGCCUGAUAGUUUACCAAGACUGUGAGAGGAGAGGCAGACAGGUAUUAUUUGAUUCCAAAGCAGUCCGCAAAAUUGAUGAAGCUGUGGUUCAGAAAAUGGCAGAUGAGGCUUCUGUAAAGACUUCUACCAAGAACUGCCAAGCAAGCAAUGGGAACAGCAAUGUUUCUUCCCAUGGUCCCUCUGUAAGCUGUGUGCAAAAUAUCAAAGAACAGAUACCGAAAUAUCAGUACACCAGACCAGCCUCUGAUGUCAAUAUGCUGGGAGAAAUGAUGUUUGGCUCAGUGGCAAUGAGUUACAAAGGCUCCACCUUGAAAAUUCACUACAUACGCUCUCCCCCACAGCUGAUGAUAAGUAAAGUCUUCUCAGCCAGGGUAGGAAGCUUCAGUGGAAGCAACAAUAACUUGCAAGAUAGCUUUGAAUACAUCAACCAAGAUCCCGGUCUGGGAAAGCUGAGCUCCAAUCAGAAUGGUUUGGGAACCUGUCGCAGUGGAAGUAAUUUAGGUGUGUUACAGCUGUGUAGCAGCAAACUGCUGCAGGGUGUGUCUGAAGGAGGUCCCCUCCGGCUCAUCCGCAGUGCUUCUUUCUUUGCAGCACACAGCACACCUGUUGAUAUGCCUAGCAGAGGACAAAAUGAGGACAGAGACAGUGGCAUUGCUCGCUCAGCAUCUCUGAGCAGUCUUCUGGUUACUCCUUUUCCAUCUCCAAGCUCUUCAUCAUCAUCAUCAAGCAGCUAUCAACGUCGCUGGCUCCGAAGUCAGACAACCAGUUUAGAGAAUGGAAUUAUUCCAAGGUGGUCCACUGAAGAAAUGUUUAGUAUGGCUGAUGAAACCUGCAGCUCCAAUCCUGCAAUGGUUCGGAGGAAAAAAAUUGCAAUCAGCAUCAUCUUUUCUCUGCCUGAAAAAGAAGAAGCACAGAGAAACUUCCAGGACUUCUUUUUCUCUCACUUUCCUCUUUUUGAGUCUCACAUGAACAAGCUGAAAUAUGCAAUAGAAAAGGCCAUGAUCUCAUGUAGAAAAAUAGCAGAAUCCAGCCAGAGAGUGCAGGUUUAUAUCAGCCGUGUCAUGGAUGCCCUGGGAGAAUUCAGAGUUACCAUCUGGAACCUAUAUUCUGUUCCAAGGAUUGCAGAGCCUGUGUGGCUUAAUAUGAUGUCCAGCACCCUGGAAAAGAAUCAGCUAUGCCAGCGUUUUCUUAAAGAAUUUACCUUUCUGAUAGAACAGAUCAACAAAAAUCAGUUCUUUGCUGCUUUGCUGACCGCAGUGCUGACAUAUCACCUGGCGUGGGUCCCAACAGUGAUGCCAGUUGACCAUCCUCCCAUCAAGGCCUUCUCUGAGAAGCGCACAUCCCAGUCUGUGAACAUGCUGGCAAAAUCCCACCCAUACAACCCUCUCUGGGCACAGCUGGGUGAUCUCUACGGUGCCAUAGGCUCUCCAGUGAGACUGACUCGGACUGUGAUUGUUGGAAAGCGCAAGGAGCUGGUGCAGCGCUUGCUCUAUGUUCUAACUUACUUCAUCCGGUGCUCUGAGCUGCAGGAGAAUCAGCUGACGUGGAGUGACAAAGCUGGGGAAGGAGAGCAGGUGCUAAAUGGAAGCAAGAUCACAACUGCACUAGAAAAGGGAGAGGUAGAAGAAUCUGAUUAUGUGGUUGUCACUGUUAAAAAUGACCCUGCUCUUGUGCCUCCAAUCCUACCUCCAAAGAAUGAUGGAAGUAAGAACAGUACUGCAGAGGGGGUGCAUGAACCAGAAAGCACUCAGGCUGUCCCAGUUUCAUCAAGAGAAAAGAGGGAAGCAAUAGAAAAGACCAGUCAGACCUCUGAAACAUCUGUUGACUGUCUAACUGGCAGUUCCUGUAAAGGAACAGCUGAUGGUAGGAAAAGAACUGUCACUGACACAGGAAUCAUAUCCUGCCACUCUGAAGAAUCAUCUAAAUUAGAGGAUGUAAUGGAUACAAAGAAGAACAAGAACCAGAAUGAGAGAAAAGUGGAGAAGCAGUUUUGUAGUAGGUCAUCUGCUGUACCUUGUCCUGAAAGGUCUGGCCACAGGAGUUCACACUUAGAAAAGGUCACAUUUCAGAUUGGAAGUUCAGCAUCACCAGAGUCAGACUUAGAAACUCAUAGAAGAGAAAUGGAAGAAAAUCUGAAGGCAUUAAUUAAAAAUGCAGAGGUGAUACAUUGUGCCUCAAGUUCCACAAAUCUGACUGUGGAUGCUUCUCAGAAUCAAGGAGACAGUUGUGAAUCUGCCUUUAUACCCAUCAGUAGACAUAAUGUUUGUCAUGCACAAAUCCCACCGUGUGAGGAGAAGGAAAGUAUACUUAACCAACAUAUGGAAAGUAAAGGAACUGAAGUGAAUUUAAUUAACUCAAUAUCUAGUGAACUGCUUUUACCCACAGAUAACAUAGAAACUGUAAAAUUGCCAAACAUGAAAGAAAAUAGAACUUUAUGCUCUGGCAAUUUGGAGAGCUAUUCUUCUGACUGCGUAGAAGCAGAUUCUGCUGUCAAACAGGAUUCCUCUAAAGUAGGUGCUAAAGAUGUCCCCUAUGGGGAUUCUGGAAGGAAAACCUCCUUCAGAGUUGAAGGGGACAUUCCAAGGAAUGAGAGUUCAGACAGUGCUCUUGGAGCUAGUGAUGAAGAAGGUGAUUGUUGUAUCCCUGAUGAAGUGCAUCGUGAUAAUAUCAGCAAACGGCUUGAAGAAUUUGCAGAAGUGGAACUUCCUUUGCCAAGGUCAAAUACCAUCAGCAGUCAAUGUGUGAAAAACUUUGGAAGAUCACUUCUGGGUGGUUACUGUCAUACGUAUAUACCUGAUCUAGUGCUGCAUGGAAUAAAUAAUGAUGAAAAGCUCAAGCAGUGUCUGCUAGCAGAUCUACUUCAUGCAAUGCAUCAUCCAGUGCUAGAUGAGCCCAUAGCGGAAGCUGUCUGCAUUAUUGCAGACACAGAUAAAUGGAAUGUACAAGUAGCUACAAGCCAGAGGAAGAUGAUGGACAGUGUGAAGUUAGGCAAGGAUGUUCUGGUUUCAAGUCAAGUAUCCAGUCUGUUGCAGUCUAUUUUACAGCUUUACAAACUGAACGUCCCAGCUGACUUUUGCAUAAUGCAUCUUGAGGAUAGACUGCAAGAGAUGUAUCUCAAAAGCAAAAUGCUUUCAGAAUAUCUGCGAGGACAUACAAGAGUGCAUGUAAAAGAACUAGGAAUUGUAUUGGGGAUUGAAUCCAAUGACUUGCCUUUGUUGGCUGCUAUAGCAAGUACUCAUUCCCCAUAUGUUGCUCAAAUACUCUUAUAAAUUAAAUUCUCAGGAUAGUCAUUCCCUUAAAGUACAGUUACGAAAAUGGGAAUGUUGAAUGAAGAACAGAGGUGCCAAACACUGGUAAAGGGGAGCACUGAUGAAAGCAGGUGAUGACUGUACAUUCUGCCACCUUCCGAUUCUGAUUUCAACCGGAUGUUUUAUCGGAGGACUUCAGUUUACAUAACACAAAAGGCAUUCAGGUUUUUCUUACAAUCUCACUUCUGACUUAAAUCAAGAGACUGCAUCCUUGCAUUUUAUUUUUAUUCAAAGGACAAAUGUUAACACUAUAUGGCAGACUGGGUGCUGCCACCCAAAACGCUGCUCAGAACCAUGAAGUACCAGUUAAAAGAACAAGCGGGUUAGAAUGGAUUUCGUAAUACUAUGCUUGUGAGUGUGGUGUGGUGUAUGUUUCUUUGCUGGGGAGGAGGAGGAGUAGCUGUUAACUCUGUAUAUAGCGUUCCUAUACAAAAGUGUAUUUGGUGGGACGUGAUUUUCUUGCAGAACAUUCGUGUGGUUUUGUAUAGUAGAAGUGAUGGGCUCAGAACAAGGAACUUGGAUUCAGCAGCCAGAUGUCAUGUGGGAAUGGAGGUGUAUGUGAGGUGGAUGUGACUUUUCCCUUUAAGGACAAAAGGUUGAGAGCUGUGGCUGCUUCUGUUUUAAUGAGAGGCAUUCAAAUGGGCCCAUGGCUACAAGUGGAAUGGAAUGGACUUCUGGGAGAGGGAUUUUGUGGGAAAGCCUUAUGGAACUUCUGCUACAAGUUUACAUUUGUUGCUGAUGCAACUACAGUAACUGUUGAUUUGCUGUAUGACUGUGGUCCUGGGAACUAAACUUGUCUUGGUGUCAUCAAAUAUUGCUAUCUCCAAGGAGCAUGAAUUUGAAAAUCUUCUGAACGAUGCCAGUGCUGUGAGCAUGUGUCCAUGUGCACAUACACCAAACAAUUGGCACAAACUGAAGACAAUCGUAUUGGGGAAACACAAGACAUCAAACAACCCCCACCAAACCUUUAGUCAAAAGUAUUACUUUUUUCCAGCUAUGAGUUGUCACUCUGAGUAGAAAUAAAAGAGGAAUAUUGUUUGAAGUAAAAUGACAUGUGGGGGCAAACCCCAAUAUUUGAUAUUACUCUGAAUGUUUGCAAUUACCCUUUUUGAUUCUACAGAAAUCUUGAACUAUCAUCCAGGUGCCUUUCCUUACUAGGUUAACUACUCUGAUACCAGAAACUACUUCUCCACUAGUUGAUACUGGCCUUUGGUGUUUCUAGAAAGCAAAAUAAAAUUUUGUACUUCACUGUUUUCACGUGGUUGAUUAAAAUGAAUGUAAAAAAUACUUAUUUUGCAUAAAGCACUGUUAAGCUGGAUAUGAAACAAUGGACCAGACUGAGGAGAGAACAAAGGAUCAAAACAUUCUUAAAUGGAAAACUCAAUGUUGGACCAUUCCGUUGUGAGCCACUGUGAAUACAGUGUCUGAAAUUGUCAUCUUGCAAGCAAAUUUCUGGCAACACAAUUGCUUGAAAAUAGUGAAUUCUAAUAAGAAACUCCGGGUCACCAGUCAUGAGUUCUCCUUGUUGGUGGUUACAGAUUUUUAACACUGAAGGGACACACUUUUAUUAAAAGUGUUUUUAUUUCGUACUAUCUUGAUGUUUGGACUUUUCUACAGUAAACUUUCAAUUAUUUGAAAUAAUGAAAUGUGCUUAUUGUGAAUUGUUUAAAUGUGAUGGGGUCUUGAUUAACCUUGUGUUGCUUUUUGAGGGAAAUAGGUAGACUGGCCUACUGUGAAAAGAGGUUGUUUCCACGUGGAGGGAUACUUAAUAUUCUGAUACAACACUUCUAAAGCUGUUCCUUCUAUGCUGGUUUUCUGACCUGACAUUCCAAAUAUUUCUUUUAUUGCAUUUUCAUAUUUCUCCUUAGUAUUCUGUCUAAAAAGGCUAAAAUGUUUCAAUGGUUCAGGGUUUUUUCUCCUGCUUUAUAGCUAAGCAAACUUUUCAUAUCUUUGGUCUGUGAAUUCUGUCUGCUGGAAAGUAAAUUUACCUCUGCAUAUGGCUUUUAGCAGAUACCACUUUCUGUUUCACAAGGUUAAAACAAGGAAUGAACCAUAGAGCAAGUCACAUAUUCCUAAACUACCCUCUUGAUGGAGAAUGUGUGUGUGCAUGUGUAAGACUAUGAAACUGCUUCUCUGAGUGUAUAUAGAAAUCCUCAUGUACUUUCUCUAUUUCAUGUCACUCUUAAAUAGUAGCUGACGUCAUUAAAAGUCAGUCCAUCUCUUUUAAAGUGAGAUUUUUAUCUGAGCAGACUCUUGACAGUUCUUCAAAGAAAUAUAUGCUAACUUAAAGAUGUGCUUUUGUUGUCACAGGGUUUACUAAAGAGGACAGAGAUCUGCAGACAUUCACUGAUUUCAAGAUUAAUACCAUAAUCAAUAAUAGACAUGAUUUUACCACAUCAACUGUUUAAAAAAAAAGAAAAUCUGCCUUUGGGCAAGAUAUCAGUUAACUUUGUGGUGGCAUGUGAGCCGAUGGUCAAAAGCACUUGAAUUUUCUUCAGCCCAGGCUAAAACUUUAUAGUUCUUGCUGCUUUCUCUAACAUUUUGCUGCUCUUCAGAAAUUACACAUUGAACUAUUUUAUUCUCAUAGUUUUAGUUUUGGGGGAAAGAAAAUUCAAAAUGAAAGCUCUUUAUUACCUUUAAAAGGCUUUAGACUAAUGAAAGCUAAUUACAUAUAUCCCCUCCACCAAAUGUACUACCUCAGUUGACAGGAUUCCACUUUCUAGGGCUUUUUUUUGACUCGAAGUCUUUAACUUGUUUUUGGUAGCAUCUUGAUGUUUAUGUAAAUUGGUGUGGCAUGACAGGGCAGUAAGUAUUUACAGAUGUGUUUUUUAGACAUUUUUAAGGCAUGUUUCUGGUUUUAUUUUAAUAGGAUGAAAAGUGAUAUGAAUGUACAGCUGUGUUGAAAAUGGAUAAUGUAGCUUAAUUUUCAAAUAUUCCAAAGUUGUUUUUAUCAGUAUUAUGUAGGUUUUUUGUAAACUUAAAUACAUAUUUUCUUGGUUAGGUGGGAGUGCACAGUCUUUCCAAAAUCCCACAUAAAUGCAGUUUACACACUGAAAUUCAAAGAAUGUAUGCUGUUUUCAGGCAAGACUAAACAUAGGGGAGGAAUUAACUGCUAAAUUGUAGAAUUUAAUUGAAAUGAAUUCUUUAACCCCAAACAAUACCAAGAUUGGAACAUUUUAAUUUAAGUGAGGUACACUCUGAACUAGCUAUACAACUUUCUUUUGUUCCCAGAAAAUCUAAUAGGCACUGAUUCUGUAAUUCACAUUUCUGAUGGCAUCUUCCAGAAUUUUAGAUUGAUUUUCCCCACUCCAUAUUAUAAGCAUCUUUACUCUUAAAGUCAAAGCCUCUUUUCAGAUGCAUCAAAUUCUUGUAUAGAAGGUUUAUGCAAAAUGGUCACUUACCCUUCAAGGAUAACUUCUACUUCAAUUAAAAGGACCCAAAUAAAAAUCAAGUCCGAAAUACUGAAUUUAGUCUAGACAAUUUCCUUCUUUUUUUUUUUUUUUCUUUUUUAAAAAUUUUUUGGUGGGGGGGAGGGGGUGGGAGCUUUGAGGUCAAAUGAGGUAAUUUGACAUACAUGGCAAGUUUUCCAUAGUAGAAAAAUGUGUGUUGCUAUUGCAUGUUUGGAGAACAUAGGCUUUUUUAGGAAUGACUGAACACCAAUGUCAAACUACGUGUUUUUUUUCUUAUAGUUGUUUAUGUACACUAUCAUUUUGGUCAAUUUCUUUGCGGCAUUUGGUGCAAUAAACUUUCUGAAAUCAA